GUUUGCUUUUGUUUGUCAUUUUAUAUACUGUGGGAUUUUAUUAUCUGUUAAUUCUGCAGUAUCUGGCUUAUUCAAGUUAUGGAGACUUUUGUUGCUUGAGCUAUCUGGGAUUCCUUUGAGUUGUCAAUUUUGUUUUGCUUCUUUUGGGAGUGAACUUGGAUUGGAUUUUGAAGCAUGGAUAACUCGAAAAACAGGCAGCAAAAUGAUCAUUUGGGUGUCAACAAGACUAGCAAGAAUAUAAGGAAGGGUCAGCUGCAGCAACCCAAUGUUGGUAAUAAUGCCCAUAGGCAACAACCUCAGCCUCAAGUCUACAACAUUAGCAAGAACGAUUUUAGGAAUAUUGUUCAGCAACUAACUGGCUCUUCAUCGCAAGAGCCUUUGCCUAGGCUUCCACAAAACCCACCCAAACCCAAAAGCAUGCCGUUGCAGAAGAUUAGAUCACCCAUUUUAACUCCCAUCAACCAAUCCCAUAUCCCCCCUUCAUUGCUGACUCCAGCAGGAGCAUCACCCACUUUUCCUUCUAACAAUGACUUUGUCGGGCCAAGCCAUUUUGGAUACACAGCUUCAACAAUGACGGCAUCUGGGGACUCUACUUGGGCGAAUACAGCUACCUCCAAUCUUAGCUUACAUGCGAUAUUUUCAGAAUUCAAUCACGGAUCUAGUCAGAUCCGCGGGCGAACCUAGCUCCAUUUCACUUCUCAAUUCAUUUUAUCAUCUCCUAUAGGCUUCAUGAAUGUGCUGUCUCCUUGUAUCCGCUGUUUUCUCCUGGGAUUCAGUAAAAAUAUUUACUUAUGAUUAGAUUAUUUUGUAUGAAAAAUAUUAAUUUAAUUAUUAACUUAAAAGUAAUAA